AUGGCGACGAGACAUCCACGGGCCGCCAAGUCGCUGGUCUGGUUCGCGGCGUUCGUGUGCACGAUCCUCGCCGUCACCGUCAUCAUCGCCGGCGUGGUGGUGCUCUCCGUCUACUUCGCGUACCGCCCCAAGAUCCCCUUCCUGCGAGUGGGCGACGCCCAUCUGGACCGCCUCGGCUACGACCAGUCGGGGCUGCUGGACCUCGCCAUGAGCCUCACAGUGGAAGCCGUCAACGACAACGGCAGGGCGCACGCCACCUUCUCCGGCGUCGAACUGCAGCUGCGGUUCGGCAGGACGCCGCUGGCGGCGCUGCUGGCGGAGGACUUCGACGUGCCGAAGAACAGCACCCAGCGGCUGCGCUACGCGGUGGAGUCCUCGGCGGCGCCACUGGACGAGGCAGGGAGGGAGAGGAUGGACGAGUCCCUGAAGAGCGGUCGGGUGGAGUUCGCGCUGGCUGGCAAGGCUAGGACUCGGUGGCGGGUGGCCCUGAUAUCCGUCAAGUUCUGGACCCACCUCGACUGUACCCUCCCCUUCCUCUACCCCGCCGGCGACUCCGCCGACGACCUCCUCCACUGCACCUCCAAAUCACACUGA